UUCACGGUUACCCUUCUACUUCACUUAUCGUCCCGGUCCUUCGCUAUGCGGAGCGCAGCGUUCUCGGUCCUCGCCGUCGCCGUCUGUGGCGUCGCAGCGCAGGAGAAGCCCGUCUUCAAGCCCACGGAGAUCAAGGCCCCCUUCAUCGAGCAGUUCACCGACGAGUGGUCGUCGCGCUGGACUCCCUCGGAGGCGACCAAGAAGACCCCCGUCGGCGGCGAGACUUUCAGCUAUGUCGGUGAAUGGCAGGUAGAGGAGCCCUUGGUGUCUGUCAUCGAGGGCGACCUCGGCCUCGUCGCGAAGACGAAGGCCGCGCACCACGCCAUCUCUGCCCCCUUCGAGAAGGCCAUCGACUUUUCGGAGAAGCCUCUUGUCGUCCAGUACGAGGUCAAGUACCAGAAGGGCGGCAACUGCGGUGGUGGCUACAUCAAGCUCCUUGAGGAUGGUUUCCAGACCAGCGGCAAGGAGUUUGACGACAAGACUCCCUGGACCAUCAUGUUUGGUCCUGACUUGACGUGCCCGGGCACCAAGGUUCACUUCAUCUUCCGCCACAAGAACCCCAUCACUGGGGAGUACGAGGAGAAGCACCUGAAGACUCCCCCCAAGCCUACCAUUGAGAAACUCACCAACUUGUACACGCUCAUUCUCAACCCUGACAAUACUUACGAAGUUCUCUUCAACGGCGAGAGCAAGUCCAGCGGUAGCCUCCUCGAGGACUUCAACCCCCCUGUCAUGCCCCCCGCCGAGAUCGACGACCCCGAGGACAAGAAGCCCGAAGACUGGGUCGACGCCAAGAAGAUCCCCGAUCCUGAGGCCACCAAGCCUGCGGACUGGGACGAGGACGCGCCAUACGAGAUUCCCGACGAGGAUGCCGUCAAGCCCGAGGGCUGGCUCGAUGACGAGCCCCAGUUCAUCCCCGACCCCGACGCUGAGAAGCCAGAGGAGUGGGAUGACGAGGAGGACGGUGACUGGAUCGCGCCCACUGUCCCAAACCCCAAGUGCGCUGAGGCGCCGGGCUGCGGCGAGUGGAAGCGCCCGAACAAGGCGAACCCUGAGUACAAGGGCAAGUGGUACGCGCCGAUGAUCGACAACCCCGAGUACAAGGGCCCGUGGGCGCCGCGCAAGAUCCCCAACCCGGACUACUUCGAGGACCUCGAGCCCGUCAAGUCGCUCAAGCCCAUCGGCGGCCUCGGCAUCGAGCUCUGGACCAUGACCGAGGACAUCCUCUUCGACAACAUCUACGUCGGCCACAGCAUCGAGGACGCCAACGCCUUUAAGGCCGAGACCUUCGACGUCAAGAAGCCCCUCGAGGUCGCCGCGAAGAACAAGAAGGCCGAGGUUGACGACGACGAGGAGCUCACCUUUGGCGAGGACCCCAUCGGCUUCAUCCGCUACAAGGUCCUCGACUUCAUCGACCUCGCGCGCCUCGACCCCGUCCUCGCGUUCAAGACGAGCCCCGAGACGGGCGCCGCCCUCGGUCUCGCUGCCAUCACGUUCUUCGGCAUGGUCGCUGCUCUCUUCGGCCUCGUUGGCGCCCAGCAGAAGCCGGUUGUUACCAAGUCCUCGAAGAAGACCGACGCUCCUUCACCCGACGACAAGGACAAGAAGGAGACCGCCCCGGUCGCCCCCGCAGGAGAGAAGAAGGAAGAGAAGUCGGGUGCCAAGAAGCGUGCUGGCAAGUAAAAACAUUCUGGGUACAUAGCACUAUCGAAGGGUGCACAGCACUAUCAAAGGGUGCACCGUGUCGCCGUGUUUUGCUAUAGGUCGUCCUUCGGCCUAUUGUUUGUAUUUGUGCCGCGCCGCCCGGGCACGUCGGGUGUCGAGGGGGGCCGGCUUUGCACUUACUUGGGCUUACCUUUCAACGGUCGUUGCGCUUGGAAUCUGGGAUCACCACCUGGUAGCAUACAUAAGUUAUUAGUCUACUGCAAAACAUCUCAUAAGCCACGGA